AUGUCGGCCAUGAUGGCUGGAAAGCGAAAGUACAAAUCUGGGGCACAAAAGAGAGCCGAUAAAAAGAAAAAAACGGAGAGUUCUUUAUCAAAUACAAGUUGCAUAUCAACAUUUCUUCAAAUGAAAGAUAAUGUCGACAAUAAUGAAGCCCCACGUCUAAUAGCAGUAGCA